CCAACUGCAGGUCCUGCACAAGCGUGCUCAAGGGACUGUUCACCUAGUUGUGGCAGAGCCGGUUAAGGAGAGGGAGCCCCGUUUUGUGGCUCGGCUCACACCUACGCACGCCCCCCUUGCGGCUUCCCCUGUGCCUCCGGUGACUGCUUCUUCUUCGACUCCGGCAUAGAGGAGUAGUAGGACCGUCGGCACCAUGAUGGAGUCCGGCUUCGUGUUCCCAAUACUGUCGCCGGUGGUGAUCGCGGAGCAGCUGUCCCAGUACGGGAUCGCCCCCGUCGCGAACCUCCGCCCCGAGAACAUCGCCAACCCGCAGCCCGACCUGCUCCCUGGCGUCCUCGCCCGCUUCUUUGACUCCUUCGUCGAUGCCCCCGGGGACGGUGAGGACGGGCUGCUAAGGUUCAGCGACUUGGAGGUGCUGGACAACCCAGAGCACCAUGCGGAGGCCAUCCGAGCGCUGCACCUCUACAUCAAGUCGCAGGCCUUCCUCGACUCCAUCAAGUUCAAGGACUUCACGCUUGCCGACUUCACCCGCCCCACUCCGGACCGCGUCGUCGUGGUCCUCAGCGCCCUCGUCAACUUCCUCUUGUACAGGGAGGAGAAGGUCACCCUCUUGCAGCCCAUCGUCAGCGAGACCCCCGACUACCACGAGCGCACUCUGGAGCUCAAGGCCAGGAUAGCCCAGCUUCAGAAAGAGAUUACGGAUCAUGAGCUUGCGGUGCAAAUGGAGGAGCCCAUGGCCCAGCAGCUGGAAGCGGAUGUCAAUGCUCUGCAGCAGAAAGUUCAGGUUUACAACAAGCAGCAACUGACCCUGCGAGCAAAAGCCGCAGCCAUCAAUGACAAGAAAGAGGAGAUCCACAGGAAGAUAACCCAGGCUGAUUUUGAGUUGACUAAACAUGCCCAAGAAAACUCCAGAUUGAUGUCCAAAUUAGUAAAGUCCCCAGAAAAAGUAAAGAGGGUCUUGGAAGAGAAGAAAUCAGCCCGUGCUAAGUUGAAGGAGUCUGAGAAAAUAGCGAUGCAAAAUGAUCAAGAGAAAUCUGCCGCUUUGGAGAUACGCAAUAAGGCUCAUGAAAAACUGACGAAGCAACACUCUAAAAUCCAGCACGUACAUGAACAGCUUGUUGCUGCUAAAACAGUUGAAAAGGAAGUUAAAGCUCGCAAAGCUAAGCUUAAUGAUGAAAGUGUAUCAGUUAUGUCAUUCGACGCACUGAUUGUUGAUUGGCAAGGAAAAGUACAUGAAAUGGAGGAGCGUCUCAAGGGGAAAGUGGAAGAAAGGAAUCAAAUAACAGCAGAUGAAAAUCAGAAGCUGGGCGCUUUGAGCUCCGAGAUUGAGGGUAAACUGUGCCUUGAACUUAGAGAAAAGAAAGUGGAGGCAAUGAUCGCUAAAGCUUGGUGUUUGUGUAGGGAAGCUGCUUCAGUAAAGACUGCUUCCAUGGCAGAACAGCAGAAAAGUCGCGCAGAAUUCGACAACAUUGUGAAGGAGUACAACGCCUACAUGGAUAGUUUCAACCCUUUCCUCGAGCAAGUUGAGGAGGCUGUCAGGUAAUCGGCAGGGGAUGGCGCCUCUGCCCACGAUCCAUCCGCCACUGCCACAACACAAACCACACCCAGAGCCAGUGCAAUGAGCAAGAAGUCGAGGGCUAGGAAAAAGACAUGAGCCGUGCUUCUUGCCGGUGCAUGGAUGGAAAACUCAGUACAUAUCUCUAUUUAUGUGUGCAUGAUGCUGCAGUAGUGCCUCUAGCUGCUACCCCUCCAUUCCUAAAUAUAAGUCUUUUUAGAGGUUCCAUUAAGGGACUAUAUAUGGAUGUAUGUAGACAUAUUUUAUAGUAUGGAUUAACUCAAUUUGCUCCGUAUGUAGUCACUUAAUGAAAUCUCUUAAAAGACUUAUAUUUAGGAACGGAGGGAGUAUUUAUGUGCGCUGAGUUGUGCAUGCGCUGGUUCGUUUGGAUUGGGGCUUUGUUUUUGCGUUAUUGGUUGUUUUUUGUGGUAGCUAGUUAUUGAUUUAGGUAACCCAAUGCAACCUGCUGAUGUUAUCUGCUAUGUAAACUAGUGGACCUGUUGCGCCAAAUGGCGCAGAGGCACCCUAAAACCAUGUCCGCAAUGAAAAAAAUUACAUGGUUUAAA